AGAAUCACUUUUACAUUCAUAAUAAUAAUAAUAAAAAGUAUAGUUUUCUUUUUUAUCAUUAUAUAUCCUUGUCAUUAUUAAACAUACCAGAAAUAAAUGAAUAUGUAACCAAGUUAGAUUAUACAUCUUUUAAACAUAAUUCUAUAACUAAUAAAAUUUUUUUUCUCAUUAAAUGUUAUAAGGAUUUAUAUAAUAUACAACAAGAAAAGAAAAUCAUAAUAAAAAAAAAUAAAAUAAAUAAUAAUAAUAAUAAUAAUAAUAAUAAAAGUAAUAGUAAUAGUAAUAAUUGGUAUAGUUAUAUAGAUUCUCAUGAAAUAAUAAAUUGUAAUGAUAUAUUAUUAUUUAUUGAAAACAAAUUGCUCUUAACAAAUUUAUCAUUUCCAAAUUUUCAAAAUAUAACACAUGAAUUUUUAACAUUGCACAAUAUAUUAUGUGUAAUAAAAAAAUAUAUAAUUCAAUCUAAUAUCCAUAAUUAUGAUAACAAAUUUUCUAUUUCCAAAAAUCACAUAUCUUUCUUUUUAAUAGUAUAUAAAAGUUUUAUCCAAAAAAAUAAUUCCUUACCAUAUCUUUAUGAUGAUAUCAACUUUGAAGAUCAAAAUAUUAACACCAUUGUAAUAAGAAAAAAACAACAUGAUGAACAAGAAAUACAACAUAUAAUUAAUAAAAAGAAAAUCAAAUAUUCUUUUAACAAGCCAUUUCCUAUAACUUACUUUCGUUAUUUUUUUUCUCAUUUUCAUUUUAUAAAACAUAUAACAAAAGAACAAAUAAGAAAUAACGAUGAAUUAUUGAAUAAUUGGCAGAAAUUUGUGUGUCUAUACAAAUAUAGCAUGGAAAAAAAAGAAAAGCAUAAAAUGGAAAAUAAUGAUAAUAAUAUAUAUAUAGACCAUACACAUGAUAACAUUAACAAUAAUAAUAAUAUAUAUAUAGACCAUACACAUGAUAACAUUAACAAUAAUAAUAAUAUAUAUAUAGACCAUACACAUGAUAACAUUAACAAUAAUAAUAAUAUAUAUAUAGACCAUACACAUGAUAACAUUAACAAUAAUAAUAAUAAUAUAUAUAUAGACCAUACACAUGAUAACAUUAACAAUAAUAAUAAUAAUAUAUAUAUAGACCAUAGAUAUGAUAAAAAUUAUAAUCAUUUUCAUAACAAUUUUUAUAAUAAUGAUUAUAAUUUCCCAUGUGCAACCACCCAUUAUAACCACACAAUACAAAUAAAAAGAAAAGAAAGAAAAAAAAAAAACAGUACUCCAAUUCUUUUAUGUAAUAACAAAAACAAUGAUAUCCUUUAUUUUUUUAAAAACACAUUAACUGAUCAUAUUAAACAGAAAAUAAAAAAAGGAACAACUAAUGUUCUUAAAAAUGAAAAUAUAAAUACAAUAUAUACAUCUAUAUACCAAGAAGAAGAAGAAAUAUAUUUUGUAAAGAGUCUACUCCUACAUAGUCACAGAAAUAUAACCACUUUAAAGAAAACUAUACAAAAUAUUAAUAACUCUCUUUUGAAAUAUAAUAAAACAAAUAAUUUUUUUUCUAAUAUAUAUCUGGUUUUAUUAAUGUCUGGUUUUAUAACACAAGAAAUUCUAAAGAUUGCCUCACUGUAUUUAAAACCACACAUAAAUUAUUACUUUUUCGAACUAUAA